GGAACCAGUCAGACCAGUCCAGAGCAGACAUGGCAGCCGACCGGACCGGGACGACACUCGGGGAAAGGGAGAACGUCAUCUCAGAAGAAGAAGGAGCGUUUGAGGAACACGGCGGCCAUGCCCCGAAGAGACACGCGCGGGUCACGGUGAAAUACAACCGCAAAGAGCUGCAAAGACGUCUCGAUGUGGAGAAGUGGAUCGAAGAGCGUCUGGACCUGCUCUACGCUGGCCAGGAAGGAGAUCUACCAGAAGAGGUGAAUAUCGAUGACUUAAUUGACCUUGCUGACGAUGUGGAACGCAUUAAAAAACUGCGGGAGCUCCUUCAAACCUGUAACAAUGACACUGAGACCUUCAUCAGAGAGCUGAUCGAGAAGCUGGAGGGAGUUCACAAGGAGGAGGAGCUGCAGAGUGAAGGCGUGGAGCAUCCAGUCAUUAGCCACAGCCACCACCGCCACGAACCUUAUCACUUCAACAACCCGCACCGCGUCCAGCACGCCCGAGGCCACGACCAGACCCUUUGACGAACGCCCCCCCGAGCGCCAUCUUACAACACGCGCUCGUUGAUUUGUCGACAGCGCGUAACACUCACGUAUUUAAUUUAAGAUCAAACAUUUGCGCGAUGAGAAUUUUCUGCCACUCAGUCAAUCUUCGGUCCUUGCUUGACGAAUUGAGAAAUUUCAUCGUCUGCAUAGUGAAACUUAUUUGAUGACGUUCGUUGUUUCUGAUUCUCCACCGAAUUGCUAAUAAAAGUAACAUUGCACUGUUACUAUGUCCACCAAUCGCUUUAAUGAUCUUAUCGCAAUAAACAUCUGAAUUGAGGGAUGAAUUGUGAACUAGAGUUGGGGCAAGGACUUCUCUACUUUGCUUUGUAUGUGUUCAUGUUGUAUUAAUUUUGUUAACACGCAAUGUGGCAGAGUAACUAAUUAAAUAUAACAAAAUUAAUAUAAUUCCCAAAUGUAUGUACUGGGACAAAAAGUGUUAUUAAUUUACAGUUGAUUUGAAAUACAUCCACGAUGACAAUUUGACCUACCUAACCCCAAAACUUUCAUCUUUCUAAACCUGCCGGUUGUGAUUGUCUCUCUAUGAUCAUGUGACAUCCUAAAGUAGUCUCAAACAUGACCUAUUUUUCCAAACACAGUUUGACCUCCAGGUGCCAUCUUGUGGCAUCGUCUAUUAGCUUGUCUGAGAUUUUGAAAAUGUUAGACUCAUGA